GUAAAAUGAGACUUUUGAAACCUCAUUAUAAAGCCUACUAUGAGAGUUCCACACACUGUUCCACCCAACACUCUGAAGGCGUAUGAGCCAUCAACUCCCACCCUGUGGCUGGUCGGGGAGCGAGCACGUAGACUCCGGGCCGAGAACUGGACAUGGGACGACACCAUCCCAACCUCGCUAGCCGAGGAGUGUAUCCGCUUUUUCGUGAAUAACUUCGACGAGCACAAGAGAGUGACCUCCAUGUUAGGCGAAGACGAUUUAAUGAUAUUUUUGGAAACACUUUCAACAGAGCUGCCUCUGGAAAUAGUAAUUCCUCUCAUACCCGAUGGCGUCUACUGGCAACGCCGAUGUCUGAACACUUGGGCGACAAUGAAUGACGUGACAAGAUACGAUGGUUCCUGGAAGAGAAUGUUCACCGAAAGAUACAUUAGAGACAUGAUAGAGACCGAGGAGCCGGGCUAUACGGAUUGGGUAGAAAUGGGAAACACGUUGAAGCUUUGCUGUCCUUUUGUGAAUCGUCUGGAGAUAUCUCAGCUACAACCACCUAGAGUGUUGCAGGCGGCUCCUGUCGACCCGGACCUCUGCAGCACAGAGGACUUCAUACCGCAGCAUCUCGACCUGUGUCCGGUGUUGACCAUCCUGGAGAAUCUGCACGAGCUCGACUUGCAGUUCGGAGUGAAAGGAAUCGGUAUGAAAUUUACGUUUAAAUGUUUCAGAAUCCACCCAAAAGACAUAGAAAAACUAGCCAACGGGCUGAAACUUUCAGGAAAUCUACAAAUCCUCAGAAUAUCGUGCAGUGACAUUGACGAUAAUAAACUCAUCACUAUACUAAAAAGCUUAGAGCACUGUAAAAGUUUUAAGGAAUUAGAAAUCGCUCAUUGCAAGGUCACCGAUGUGGGUAGCAAAGCACUCGGUCAUUUCAUAACGAUUAAGCAUUCUCUUAAGCACUUAAAACUCCAAAACAACUUAAUUACCGCUGAAGGGGCUCAAGCUUUGGCGUUCGCAUUGACAAUGGAGGACUCGGCAAAUUUGGAAACUGUCGACCUAAAGUUCAACUUGAUUGGUGACGAGGGCGGGAGGCACAUCGCUGCGGGGUUGAGCAAGAGCAAAUAUCCUGAACAUAUGAUACUCGCAGGCUGCGGUUUGAGGAAGGAAGCUGGAGACGACUUGGUAGACAUGCUGAGGUUCAACGACACCCUUGUGACCCUGGAUCUGACCAACAACGACCUGGGUCCUGACGUAGGUAAGCGGAUGGCGGACGUUAUGCGGACCAAUCGUACCAUAUUGAAAGUCGAUGUUCGAAACUGCAGAUUCAAAGAGACUUGUGAGGCGACUAUCCAUCAUCUCACCUUCAGGAACAGGGAACGACUGAGGAAAAAGAACUCGAAGAGGUCCGAUGAAAGGAGCGUUACAGUGAUGUCAGCCUGUCCGAAAAGAGCUACAUCAAUUAUUUAUUGAUCCAACUUUCAGCAACAAAAUUCCGGCUUAAGGCAAUCAGUAAUUUUGUAUGCAUCGAACACGUUGUUUAAUGUA